UCGAAAGCAGCGGCGGGCUCCGGGGCGCUGCUGGGUGCUGCUCGCUGCAGCCGUUAGCGGCCCUCGCUCGGGGGGUACGGUUGCCGCGCGGUCUCUCCGUAUCCGUCUCCCCUGCCCCGCGGGCGAUGGAUGUGUCGCGGGGCUUUUUCAGCGAGCUGCGCUCCUUGGCCCUCACGCUAGAGAAGGAGACGAAGCAGCUGGAGCGGGCGCUGCGCGGGGAGGACGCGGACUGUGAAGAGGAAUCUCCAAUAAGAGUUUUGCACAAUCUACACUGCGAAAUCAGGGCUCUGAAGGAAGAUGUUAAUGCCGUUCUUGGCAAGAGUUCCUCUGAAAGGCAAGAAAUUAAUGACUUUAUGAAGGCAAGUGAGAUACUGAUGCAAAGAAAUGCAGCGGAUCUUGGAAAAAUAAGAGAGCUGUUCCAGAAAUACGGCUACAAACCACACGUCGAGGUCCCUACAGAGGAGCAGGAAGAGGAGGCGAGCGGUGAUUCGAAGGCAUCUGACCAGAGUAAAUCUGAUCAAGGACAAGCAGACGACGUACCUCCCCUUCCUGCCUUUGCUGAGAACCCACCGGUGCCCAGGGACCCGCUGCGGAACCCCCAGCUUUCUGAUUUUGGCCUUUCACAGUAUGCUUUCUCCAGGCCCUGGAGUGCGUUAAAUGGACAACAUGCUGCAAACGCCAGUCAAGAAAAUGCAAAACACAAAACUCCCCUGAAAACACAGGCCCCCUCUGUUCUGCCCAAAACACCCAAAUGCAUGCUAAAGAUGGACGACUAUGAGUGUGUGACACCAAAACUGGAGCACUUUGGCAUUAGUGAACAUACCAUGUGUAUGAAUGAAGAUUACACGAUGGCGCUUAUUCGUAAAACUGCUCAGUCAAGCAACUUAGUUAAAAAAAGUGAUCAUGAAGUGAAUGCAGCAAAAAUGCCACCCGGGGAAAUCGCAGUUACUCCUGGGCCACAAACAAAAGCAGCAGACGAGAACGCAGCUGACUGUAUGGCUUCUCCUAUGGUACCCGUGUUCUGCACACCUGGUGUGAAAAUCCCUUCCCGAGCAGAUAACCCGGUGUUAGCCAAGUCACCAGAAAGAGACAAAGUGCCUCUUCCCUGCCACGCAGCAACGCCGCCACCUCCGGAUUUUGAAGCCCGAUGGCUAAAAAGAGAAGCUACGGUGAAGCAAGAGGAGAAGCCCGUGUUGGUGACCGAAAACUAUGCACCAGAGAAACAAAACAUAGAAGACAGCGUUCCUUCUGCCGUGAGCUCUGAUGAGUAUCUCAAACGUUUGGGAAACCCAUCUCCUCCCAAAAUAAAACAGUACGACCAUUUGCUCAGUACUCCUCCGCCUCCAGAAAUAACGAGGAUUCCAGAUGAUGUGCUACAGAUUCUGUCGAAGUAUAAUCAUAAAGUAGACUCUUCUAAAUCUAAGACAAUGGAGACUAAGGCAGAAGAUGCUACGAGCUUUGGAAGUGAUUUCAGUGAUUACUGCAACAAAGAGAACAGAGGAUAUCCUGGUUUAUUCAAGUCAGACGUCUGAAAUGAAGCUGAAGACAGUGUUUCUCAUUCAUGGAUCUUAUCACUGAAUCAUAGAAAGCUCAAAAAGCAAAAGAAAUACUGGGAGGAAAGACCCACAAAAGGAAAAAAUCUUUUUUUCUGGAGAAAACUUGAUAUGGAUUGACUUGCUUGAACUAACAAUUUUGUGUUCAAUUUUUUUCAUUAAAAUUAGUUGCAAAAUAGAUUGGGUUUUGGUUGUUGUUUUUAAUAUUGCUUCACUGGGGACUACAGUCAUGUAUUAAACUAUGUAAUACUUCAGUUGUUCCACUUGAUUCUUGUGUUUGUUGUAUGUGUUUGGUUGCAAUAGCCUGUAGAGAAGCGUAAUUAAGUUGCAAUAAAGGGAAAGUCCAGUAUGCUGCCCAGAAAGUAGACAUCUCUAGGCAGUCUGGUGAGACACUGCCUGUUUCAGGGUGAGUUUGAAGUGUAGCACUUCGACCUAUCUUCAGCAGAACU